CUGGUGCGCUCCAAUUACAACAGACGUCGCGCGCUUUUCAAAAUCGAAGAACACGAAACAAGAUGGGUCAUCAGUUGAAACGAUGGACGGGCUCCUGAGCUAACGUGGCAUCAUGUCCAGUCUUACUCAGUCGUCCUCGUCCACACCGUCCUACUCGUCAGGGGUUCCCAGCAGUGCCGCUCACUACCGCCAACCCCCGGCUGCAGCCGGAGGAGCAGGAGACUUUUUCGACCUGGGGGACAUUCUGGCCUCGCAGCAGAGGGUCCCCGCUCAGUUCGAGCAGACGGUCUACCGUCUCGGCUUCCUAGACGCGCAGAGCUCGGGCGAGCACAUACAGAGUGGAGCAAAGAUGGAGCUACCGCUGUGGCUGGCCCGGGCACUGGGCGGACGGAGAAGGAACAUCGUCCGGAUCGACCUUCCGAAGCAGUACAGGCAACAACAGAGAGAUAUCCUCAGAGCCGACGCUAAUGUCGUGGAUCUCUUCAAACAGGGACCCUAUUUCUAUCUCAUGGGAGUGAAACUGUUGUUCUUCGACCACAUGGAGAGAAGCGACCUGGCAAAAUCUCUACUCGAAACUUUUCUGAAUCGUUUCCGUCGGAUCAUGGACACCUCUCACCACGCAUUUAGUAGUGAUGUCACAAUGUUCACGACGAGACUGGACGAGACCGAGAGAGUCCUCUUUCACAUAGGUCAGAGGUCGGUGGCUGCCAUGGAGAAAUGGGAGAGGGGGCGGAGUCACCGCAUCGAGGCAUCAGACGUGGUUCAGAAACGGAGGAAACGGAAAAGAGAAGACUGAGAAUUACGUCACUUCUGCUGUAUAUAUCACGGUGCACCACAAAACUCACAUUCUUUCACUGCUGCACUUCUCAUACUUUCCCUCUCUCUCUCUCUCCCUUCUCCCUCUUUCUAUUAUAUACACUUCUAAUAUCUUCAGUUUCCUCUGGAAUUUUUGUAAAGAAAAACCAGAUUUUUAU